AGUAACUGAGAAAGCUUAUAUUUUCAAAAAUAAAAAUUCUAGUCCUGAGAUCGGUUUAAUUUAAUACGCGAGUGUGGGAAGUAAAUCGUUUUAAGUUGUAUUUUCUGUAUUUAUAAAAUCCUUGGGUGCUUACAGUUUCUGACAGGCACAGUACGAAUCUAAAAUUUAAGCUACGGGGCGAAUUCAUUCGUGAUCUUUGAAUUAACCGGUAAUUAUCCGCUGGCUAUCGAUAAAUCGCUUUGCCGUAGAAUGGUCCCCCCAAACAGCUGAUUUCGCAUUACUAAACUAUUUGAUAACACCGGACUUGAAUUUCGCCUCGUUUUUCAAAAUUUAUCACUGAAAACUUGCCUGGAGAUGCAGUUCCUCCGCGUCGGAGGUCGUAUCGCGGCGCUGCGCCAGAGAGUGGCGGACAAGUUCCAGAUGCCGGAGCGUUUCAAGGGCACCGUCGUGGAAAAGUGGGUGCAGUACUGGAACGGCCUGGUCAGGGACUACACGGAGGUCGCGGUGGGCGUUGUGCGGGAGUCCUACUUGAAGCCCAAAAAGGCGUUGCUCUACGGAACGGGAAUGGCGUUCCUUUACCACGCCGGUCUCAACAACCCCGACGAAGAGGCAUUUAUGACUCUACUCAGGCGGUCCACGAACAAGAUGAUUACUGUGCCAUUGGAACUCCAGAACCCUGUGACCGCCGACUAUCUUCUGACCCUGGAGCGGGCCAUCAACCAGAAAAAGUUGCGCCUUCUCUCCUUGGGCAUUUGCACGAUCCUUUGGGUAGACCUGUACGACGAAGACGACUGCACCUAUCCAGCCAUCUGCAAAUACACCACCGUGGGGAUCCUCAACUUCCACGAGCGGAUCAUCGACGUGGGCUUCUGGAACCAGUACUGGCGACUCAAAUGGAAGAUGCGCAACUACGACGUCAACUACCUGUGAUCCCGAGCCCGAAAAGUUCGAUUUUCUUGAAAUCAUGUUCAGUGCUUAAGCCCAUCGAAGGGAUGUAAUAUAUGUGUGUUUUUGGUAAAAGAAA